CCACCCCGUAUUAUGUAACUUCAUCACCUCGCACACGGCGCCCUCAACAAGAACACCGCUCAGUCCUGUCCGCCGGGAUUGCGCCGACCGGCAACUGCCCCAGAUUCGGCCCCGACUGACAUCGAUUUUGUCCUGGCCGAUCCGAGAAUCAAUUGCCAAACCCGAACCUUUGGCCUUUUACACGUCUGACGCCCGUCUGGCGAUCGCAAGUGCGAGUGCGCGAAAAGGGGGGGUGGUGGAAGCUCCGUGUCGGGCCUGCAGGGCAACCCCGAUCUAGGGACGCGACCAAAUGUUGCCUUUCACAUCUUCGGGGUCCAAGGUGAUCCCCCGCCACCAUGUGAGCGGCUAUUCGAACGGAUAUCCCCGGGGGAACACCCUCGAGAUGUCUCCUCACAGGUUCCAACCACGAGGCACAACACCAUCGGCUGUCCGGCGUAGGCGACUAUUCGUGCGACUCGGCAUAGUCGCGGCUGUCAUCUUCUUCUUCGUGCUAUGCUCCUGGUCCGGCACCUCCUUCCUGUCCAUCUUUUCGCUUGGCCUCAUAUCGAGCGGGGACGGCAUCCAACUAGAAACGGUGCGGUACUACGACCUGUCUAACGUGCAGGGCACCGCGCGGGGGUGGGAGAGGGAAGAGCGCAUCCUGCUCUGCGUGCCGCUGCGGGACGCCGAGGAGCACUUACCCAUGUUCUUCUCUCAUCUGCGAAACUUCACGUACCCGCAUAACCUGAUCGACCUCGCGUUCCUCGUCUCGGAUUCCAAGGACCGUACGCUGGAGGUGCUGACGGAGAAUCUCGAGGCGAUCCAAGCCGGCGACAAUGAGUCACAGCACUUUGGGGAGAUAUCGAUCAUCGAGAAGGACUUUGGUCAGACCGUCAAUCAAGACGUGGAGAGCCGCCAUGGAUUCGCGGCGCAGGCGAGCAGGAGAAAGCUUAUGGCCCGGGCACGAAACUGGUUGCUGAGUGCUGCGCUCCGGCCGUCCCAUUCGUGGGUCUACUGGCGAGACGUCGAUGUCGAGACAGCGCCCUUUACGAUCCUGGAGGACCUGAUGAGGCACAACAAGGAUGUGAUAGUACCGAAUGUUUGGCGACCACUGCCCGAUUGGCUCGGCGGAGAGCAGCCCUACGAUCUUAACUCAUGGCAGGAAUCGGAAACGGCGCUUGCCCUCGCCGAUACCCUCGACGAAGAUGCUGUCAUCGUGGAAGGGUACGCAGAGUAUGCGACCUGGCGGCCGCAUCUGGCAUACCUACGAGACCCCUAUGGCGAUCCCGACAUGGAGAUGGAGAUUGAUGGUGUUGGUGGUGUGAGUAUCUUGGCCAAGGCCAAGGUCUUCCGCUACGGCGUUCACUUUCCGGCCUUCAGCUUCGAGAAGCAUGCCGAGACGGAGGGAUUCGGAAAGAUGGCCAAGAAGAUGCAGUUCUCUGUUGUCGGCUUACCCCAUUAUACGAUCUGGCAUAUGUACGAGCCCAGCGUGGAUGACAUCAAACACAUGGAGCAAAUGGAACAGGAGAAGCUCGCUAAAGAGCAAGAAGAGAAGGAACAGGCUGAGAAGGCCAAGAAGAUGAAGGAGGAGUUCACGAAUCCUGCCGGGCAAUGGGAGCAGGACAAAACAAAACUGCAAGACAUUGCGCUCAAAGAAAAGAAGAAGGAGGCCAAGGCCGUCGUCGACGCUGCCAAGGAGCUGCCAGGCGCGGCGAAACCACCCGCCGCCAAGGAGAAAGAGAAGGUAGUUGCAAGAGAUGGAAAGCAGGAGGGUGGCAAAACAUGAAUUGGGCCGGCUGCUGACCCGGACUGAUCAUUACCUAUUUCUUUCCCCUUCCGCGAUUUCAAGCGAUAGAGAAACCCUCGGGACAAGGAAAACGGAGCGGAUUUGCGCAUAUGCAUUUCCAACAGGAGGAAGACAAAAGGGACACAAAUCACGGAUAAUACAACUGUGUAGGCUAGAACGGUGUGAGUGAGGCCGAGUCUCAUGGUAAAGGGGUAACGGGGCGUUAUCUUGGUUGAGAUAUCAUUCAGCAAUGACUGGUUCAUACAUUCAAUCCGGGCCAAUAUGAUGCACUUGACCUUUGACGUAGGAAACU